UCAAUAAUAGUACCUAUCCCUUUUUCUGUGCUUCAAAAAAAAGUUUAUUAACCCAGUCUUUUGUGUCCCCCACACAAGCAUUGUCGCAUAUAAAAGAAGAAUCACAGACAUCUCUCAUCACUCCUGUCAAAAGAAGAAACACACUCCAAGAAGCAGAGGCCACAAAGAUGACGAGGACUGUUCAAUUCGUUCCUCUCCUCGUCGCGGCGACCUCCGUCUCCUUCUUCACCGCUGCAGGAGCGUCCAACUCCACCUUGUCACACCCCGGCCACCUGCAAAACCUCCUCGCCGAGGUGUCGAUAUGGCGGGAACACCACCUGGCCGAACCCUCCUCACACCGGCGAGGCGGCACAGUCCUAGCAUGGGUCCUCUCCUUCCUGGCCGCGUCCGUGUCGAGCGCUGGCGGCGUGGGCGGCGGCUCGCUGUUCCUCCCCAUCCUGAACCUUGUGGCAGGUCUGAGCCUGAAGCAUGCCACCGCCUUCUCGUCCUUCAUGGUCACCGGCGCCGCCGCCUCCAACGUGCUCUACAACCUCCUCUGCACUGCCGGCGGCAGGCACGUGGCGCUGAUCGACUACGACAUCGCGCUGCAGUUCCAGCCGUGCCUGCUCCUGGGCGUGAGCAUCGGGGUGGUGUGCAACGUCAUGUUCCCGGAGUGGCUAAUCACCGUGCUCUUCUCCCUCUUCCUCGCCUUCUGCACCGUCAAGACGUGCCGCGCCGGGGUCAAGAUCUGGAGGUCCGAGGGCGUCGGCGCCGCGCACGACCACAGCAAGGAGCCCCUGUUGCCUGGCGGUGGGGGCGGCGAUGUCGACGCCGAGAACGGUGGCCAUGCGGGAAGCGACGACCGCGGCAGUGGCGCGGGGUUCCCGUGGAAGGACGUGGCGCUGCUCGUGAUGGCCUGGCUCUGCUUCUUCGCGCUCCAUGUCUUCAUUGGAGAUAAGCAUGGGAAGGGUGUGAUCAGGAUAAAACCCUGCGGCGUAGCAUACUGGCUCAUCACCUUGUUCCAGCUUCCAGUCGCUGUGGCUUUCACAUGGUAUAUUAUAUACACCAGGAGGAAGAAACAAGUCCUACAUAGCCAGGAAGAUUAUGGCAAGGAAAAUCAUGUGGACGCUAAAAGGCAAGCAUUGCCACCACUGGCAUUCCCACUGGCGGCUUUCGUCACCGGGGCUCUCAGUGGCAUCUUUGGAAUUGGAGGAGGGCUGCUUCUGAACCCUGUUCUUCUUCAGAUUGGUAUACCCCCUCAGACUGCAGCAGCGACGUCUUCGUUCAUGGUCCUUUUCUGCGCAUCGAUGUCCAUGGUUCAGUUCAUCCUGCUAGGCAUGAAAGGCAUCGGAGAGGCGUCCGUUUACGCCGGGAUAUGCUUCGUCGCUUCAGUUGUUGGGGUGGUUGUGAUUGAACGAGCCGUCAGGAAGUCCGGGCGGGUCUCGCUGAUCGUGUUCCUGGUUACCGCCAUCAUGGCACUCAGCACUGUGAUCGUCACCUGCUUUGGAGCACAAGACGUCUGGAUGCAGUACACCAGCGGAGCAUACAUGGGCUUCAAGUUGCCAUGCUGACAUUUGCAGCACUGAGCGAGAGGCGCUUCUUGUGUCAUUGGCUUUUUUUUUUUAAAAAAAAGGAGCACCGACGGGGGAGGACGUCCACUGGGAUUUCAUUAAACGGGUGAGACCUCGAACGCUGUCCGGUAGGGUGCGACCGUACGCCCCUACCGUUGCACCAGCGAGAGCUUCUCAAUGCUUUUAUUUGGCUUGGCUUUAUGGCUUUCUGAAGGAAGAUUUUGUUCUUGGUGUUGUCAUGGCUAGUUUGGGGCUUACUUACUAAAAUUAAUUUCCCUAUCGAUGAGCUUUCUGGAAAGAGGCAGCACUGAAUGUGGACACUGAUUGAGCUUAUGCAAAGUCAGGCCAUAUACACUAUAAUAAGUCGCUAUCUGCCCGUUGUCAAAUAGUAUUUCCUUUAAGCAUGCACUUGUUCACUGCUGAUUCGCAACUUGUGAAAUAUUUGAAUGUUUUUGUUA